AUGGUUGUUCAGCAGGACAAGUACAUCUACACGCCGUUGAGCGACGUGCCUGCAGCAGCGGGGCAGAAGGUCAAUGUCUUCGGCGUGGUGGUCCUCGCAGACAACAUCCGGCACUCCCAAGGGACGGAUUUCUACUGCACGCUGCUGUUAGCGGAUACCACGUGUCACAGCCCUGGCUAUGCCGUCAAUCUCUUUGCUCCUCGAGCUGAUCAACUACCGCAAGUGGCCAAUGUCGGCGAUAUUAUUCGCAUCCACAGAGUGAUGAGCACGGUGAUACACAGCGGUCCCCUGGGCACGGCGCGCGCAGGGCUGGGCAGCGCCCACGCUCUCUUCUCAGGGGCGCCAGGCGCGCCCCUUGAGCCCUACUCCUUCUCGCACAAAACCUUCUCACCACUCUCCGACGGCCACAAGCAGCUCGUGCAGCAGCUCAGGGCCUGGGCGCACGGCUUCCCCUUCCUCAUCCGCCCACCCACAGCACCGGAGCCAUUGCUCACCAUCAGCAGCAUCGAUGCGGACAUUGCCUUUGACCUCUGCGUGCAGGUGUGGCACGUAGUAAAGAAGGAUCGGAUGGUGGUGCUCUUUGUCUGGGAUGGCACCGACCUCCCUCUCCCGUCACUUUCUGCGCCGGCAGCACCAAUCCCCUCCAGCCAUGUCCCGCAUCAAGGCCAGCCAUUCAGUGUCCCUGACUCCUCCACCACACCAUCUGCGCCCUCCAGCUCAUCCGUUCCCGAACCAGCACCCACUGGGCCGCCCACUUCAACCCCUGCAUCAGCAUCAGCACAGGAGAGAAUGCAUGCUGCCUCUCCUCCCCCCUCCACUCGCUCAUUGCACCCGCUCUUUGCCAUCGGAAGUCGCCCCGCCCCUCCUCUCUCUGUGCUCCAGCGUGUUCCCCCUCUGGGCUCCCUGCUGCCUGUUAUAGCCACGUGCCACGGUGCCAGAGGGGAUUGGCUGGGCCUUUUCAACAACUCCAGCCGCCUGAGCCUCGUCAGGGAGUGCUACGCGGACGUAGCAGAGCUGACAAGCAAGUAUGCAGAGAGAGCAGCGAGUGAGGACGCCCACACGCGGAUAGGCAACAUGGCUCUGUGGGCCUCCAUCCACCAGCAUACACGCAUCGCCCGUUCCCUGCAGCCGUACUCCACCCUUCGCCAGAUCUACACCCAUCCUGUGGUGCCGUACCGCUUCCGCUGUGCAGCGAGAGUGAUCUUCGCCUCUGCCAUCCACCCCGCCCGCUUCACUGCCUUCGUUCCAGACAAGCCCCGCUCCCUCUCCUCCUCUCCUGCACCCCCGCGCUCCUCCACUCCUCCACCUGCCGCUGCCACAUCUGCUGGUGCCACUGCUGGUACUGAUGCAACCGAGGGGACGGGGGAGGAAGGGACGGGAAAGCGGUCAGGAGAGGAAGGCGUGGAAAGGGCGCGAGCGAAGCUGCGAAAAGGGGAGGAUAAUGCUGACGUGGCAAGGCAGGAUGUUGCUCACGUGGCGAGGCAGGAGGGGGCUGAUGUGGCGCCACAGGAAGACGCUGAGGCUAAUGUGGCAAAGGAAGCAGUAGGAAAGGGGGUGGAAGAGGGAGAAGGAGGUGGUUCGGGGAAAGCAGCAGAGACAGCAGGCACAUCAGAGGGCGUGGGCGGAGUGGCUUCAGCAAAGGGAGAGUCCACAGGAAAAGCAGGUUCUGGGGUGAGAAGGAAGUGGGUGGCAGGGCUUGUCUUGGUGCUCGAGGAUGCUACGGGGCGGUUGCUCGUCCGCCUCGCCUCACCUAAUGCCGAGGUGUUCUUUUCAGCAACAGCGGAGGAGUUGCGCAAGGAUGCAGGGUUGUCUGCGAGAGCAGCUGCAGGCAUGGCUAUGCUGCUGGCGAUGGCGCCGCGCGUGCUUGGCCUGCUGGCUUUGAUCGCGAUCUCGGUGGUGGGAUGCGUCGCCUUCUCGGAGGAGCGACCGACGGAUCAGCGCAUCCUGGUGCUGCUGGACGACCUCAAGAAUAAGGACUCCUACUCCAUCUUCUUUAAGAACCUCGCAGAUCGCGGGUACGAAUUGGAUUUGCGCGCGGCGAGGGAUUCGAGUCUCGUGCUGCAGAAGUACGGCGAGUACCUCUACGACGCCGCCAUCAUCCUCGCGCCCAAAGUCUCUUCGUUCGGCGGCGUGGUGGACGUGGCGGCGAUCCUCGACUUCGUGGACUCGGGUCACGACCUCAUCCUCGCGGCGGACAGCGGCGCGUCCGACACCAUCCGCGAUAUCGCACUCGAGUGCGGCGUGGACCUCGACGAGAACCCAAAGGGCGUGGUGAUCGACCACCAGCAGUACGCGCGGGUGAGCGGGCGCAGGGACGACCACACGCUCGUGCUCGGCAGCAACCUCAUCAACUCCUCCGUCAUCCUCGGCGCUGCCCCCAUCAAGGGCCCCGUUCUCUUCCAGGGGAUUGCCAUGACAGUCUCGCCCACGUCUGAGCUGGUGGUGCCGGUGCUCUCAGGCUCCCCCACGGCCUACGCGGCGGACCCAGCAGCGGCUCUCAAGGAGCCCCCCGCGCUGCAGGGCAAGGCGGUCUCGCUCGUGGCGGCCAUGCAGGCGCGCAACAACGCGCGCGUGCUUAUCUCCGGCUCCCUCGCGCUCUUCACAGACAGUUUCUUCCGCGCGGUGGUGGACGUCUCUGCCACCUCCGCCGACCCCGCCUCACAAAACGCCAGGACCUCCCAGUGGCUGUCGCCGGCCGGCAAUGAGCAGUUUGUCACGGAGCUCUCCAAGUGGACCUUCCACGAGAGGGGCCACCUCAAGGCUGUGAACCUGCGGCACAACAAGGCUGGUGAGAGCACGGAGCCUGCAGUCUACCGCGUCUCUGACCACCUGGAGUUCGCAGUGGAUAUCUAUGAGUGGGCGGGCAGCGAGUGGGUGCCAUUCAAGGGCGACGAUGUGCAAGUGCAGUUCUACAUGAUGAGCCCCUACGUGCUCAAGACACUGUCGCACGAUGACAAGGGUCGCUUCUUCACAUCCUUCCAGGUGCCGGACGUGUACGGGGUGUUUCAGUUCAAGGUGGAGCACAAGCGCCUGGGCUACUCCACGAUCUCCCUCGCUAAGCAGAUCCCCGUGCGCCCCUUCCGCCACGAUGAGUUUGAGCGCUUCAUCCCGGCCGCCUUCCCCUACUACGCCUCCACCUUCUCCAUGAUGAUAGCGUUCUUUGUCAUUGGCUUUGUCUUCCUCUACCACAAGUAA